CGGGCGCGUCAGUUACCGAGUUGUUCCUCUCCCCCCUUCGUUUCCCAGUGUGCUCUGCGCGUCGCGGCCUUGUUCGCGCCUUCAGCCUGCGGAGGAGCCGCUGCCGCCGCCAUGUCCGACUAUCCCGGAGCCCAAACCGGGAACCGCAAGGACGCGUUUGCCGAUGCUGUACAGAGAGCUAGGCAGAUUGCAGCAAAAAUUGGCGGUGAUGCUACGGGAGGAGUCAACAACACCCAAGAGUUUAAUUUUGGUGGUCAGAAAAGACAACUAGAAGAUGGAGACCAACCAGAGUGCAAAAAAUUGGCAACACAAAGUGAACCGAUCGCCCCUCCUCUAACUCCAGUACAUCAACCUCGGGCAUCAUCGGUAACGGAAGAAUAUCGUGUACCUGAUGGCAUGGUGGGACUGAUCAUUGGCCGCGGAGGAGAACAAAUAAACAAGAUCCAACAAGAUUCCGGAUGUAAAGUUCAGAUUUCCCCUGACAGUGGGGGGCUCCCAGAGAGGGUGGUGUCGCUGACUGGUUCUCAAGAAGCCGUGCAAAAAGCAAAGAUGAUGCUUGAUGAAAUAGUUGCUCGGGGCCGUGGCGGACCACCCGGCCAGUUUCACGAUAACUCCAAUGGACAGAACGGCUCCUUACAAGAAAUCAUGAUCCCCGCCGGCAAAGCCGGACUUGUUAUCGGGAAGGGAGGAGAAACUAUUAAACAGCUGCAGGAGCGUGCCGGAGUCAAGAUGAUUCUCAUACAAGAUGGCUCCCAGGGCGCCAAUGUAGAUAAGCCUCUGCGCAUUGUGGGAGAGCCCUUUAAAGUGCAGCAAGCCUGUGAGAUGGUGAUGGAUCUCUUACGAGAACGAGAUCAAGCAAACUUUGGUGACAGAAAUGAGUAUGGCUCCCGAGGAGGAGGAGGUGGUGGUGGUGGUGGCGGCGGCGGCGGUGGUGGUGGAGGCGGCGGCGGCAUAGACGUGCCAGUUCCUCGGCACUCAGUCGGGGUAGUCAUAGGACGCAAUGGGGAAAUGAUCAAGAAAAUUCAGAACGACGCUGGUGUCAGGAUACAGUUUAAACAAGACGAUGGAAGCGGUCCCGAUAAGAUUGCACACAUCAUGGGCCCCCCAGAUCGCUGCGAUCAUGCUGCCAGGAUAAUAACUGACCUACUGCAGAGCUUGAGAAGUGGUCCACCAGGACCUCAAGGCCCUGGCAUGCCACCUGGUGGCAGAGGAAGGGGCCGGGGGCAAGGGCCAUGGGGACCUCCUGGAGGAGAAAUGACAUUCUCCAUACCAACUCAUAAAUGCGGCUUAGUUAUUGGUAGAGGUGGGGAAAACGUAAAGGCCAUUAACCAACAGACUGGAGCGUUUGUGGAGAUCUCGCGGCAGCCGCCACCCAACGGCGACCCCAACUUCAAAAUGUUCAUCAUUCGCGGCUCACCGCAACAGAUCGACCAUGCCAAACAGCUGAUCGAAGAGAAGAUUGAGGGUCCAUUGUGCCCGAUUGGCCCUGGUCCUCCUGGUCCUGGUCCAGCUGGCCCCAUGGGUCCAUUUAACCCAGGUCCUUACCCACCCGGACCUCCCGGAGCUCCACCACAGUAUGUACCUUUUGCAGACUUGGACAGUCCGGGACCACCGCCGCCUCCACCUCCUCACCAGUACCCCCCACAAGGCUGGGGCAGCACGUAUCCCCAGUGGGGGCAGCCGCCAGCCCCUCACGACCCGACAAAACCUCCAGCCCCCACAGAUCCCAAUGCUGCCUGGGCUGCUUACUACUCGCACUACUACCAACAGCCCCCCGCUCCUGUGCCCGGGCAGCCCCCCGCAGUCCCUGUCCCUCCACCUCAAGGAGGAGAACCUCCCCAGCAGCCUCCACCUGCCAGCCAGCCGGACUACACGAAGGCUUGGGAGGAGUAUUACAAGAAGAUGGGUCAGCAGACGGCUCAGCCCACUGGACAGCCGGAUUACACAAAGGCCUGGGAAGAAUAUUACAAGAAACAAGCCCAAGCAGCAGCUGCUGCAGCUCCUGGUGCCCCUGCUGCAGCCACAGCGGUUGCAACCGUGGCAGCGGCAUCGUCCGCUCCACCAACAGCACAACCGGACUACAGUGCAGCGUGGGCGGAAUAUUACAGGCAGCAGGCGGCAUACUACGGACAAGCGCCAGGCGCUCCACCCACACAACCUCCUCCGGCACAGCCAGGGCCACAGGCCCAGUGAAGGUCACGUCGUGUCAUCACUCAUUACCAGUCCGGAGAUGGGAGCCUCGGUUGCUGACCUCAGUGAGGGGAGAAGCUGUUUGAGAAGUCCCCUAGUUGUAUUUUUAUUUUAUUUUAUUAUUUUUUUUAGGACAUUUUCCUGUUUUUGUCCUUCAUCCUUUCCCGGUUUAUCAUCUCGGCCCCGUGGAAGUUGAUUCAGUGAAGGGCAGGUUCUAGAUCUUAGGACUAAUCUGAGCGCCUCCCGUCCACUCACCUCCCAAAAAAAAACAAAAAAAAAAAACACGGUUUUUAUUCACUGGAGCGGCCUGUGAGUAAAGAAAUGAAAUAUAUUCUUUUUUUUCUUUUUUUUUUUUUAAACGUAAAGAGAUUAUGGCCCCCCCCCCCCCCCCCCAUGUCCCUGUGCUUUUAGUUGGUUGAACAUUCCCUGGUGACACCCCCCAUGCUGUCUGCUGGUCCCACGUCUGCAGCUGGGGCCUUGUGAAGUGCGCCGGUCCCUCCCGCCAAUGGGGGGUCGUGAUGUGUUUUGUCUGUUCAGAGACAUGGAAACUGUACGCUGAGUUUUUACUUUUUAUUGCCUGUUUUUAACUUCACAAUAAACGAUGACAAAACUCUCCCGACUUCGCUCUCUGCUCUGUUCUUCCCUCCUCUUGUUUUUGUUGUCUGUCAUUCAGGUGGAUUAUUUUUAUUAUUUUUUUUUUAUUUUAUGUUAAUAAUGUUCCUCGUGAUUUAAUUCUAUGCUGUGUUUUUUUUUUGCAACGGCUUGGGGAACCGAAAUAAAUCUGUGAA